ACCGACCACAACAUAGUUCGAGAGCACAAGUAAAUCUAUAACGAAGAUGACAGAGGGAGAAUACCCGACUUUGAUUUCCUUGCGAAGAAAGCAACGACCGGUGACCUAACCCUAAGCUCCCAGUGUCGUCCUCUUCACAUUAUCUUUUUGAAAGCUGUGCUAAGGAGGAAAGAUGACUGCCGAUGUGGAGAUGAAGGAGGUCCAGGCGCUGUCCAAUUCCGUGUCCUCCGCCGCCGUCCCUUCUACUCUACAACAUUUGAAGGAGAUCGCAUCCCUGAUUGAGACUGGCGCUCAGGCCAAGGAGGUGCGCCGGAUCGUUCGUGCGGUGCGCCUCACGAUGAUGCUCCGCCGAAAGCUCAGGGCAUCCGUGAUAUACGCGUUUCUUGGCCAUGUCCUCACCCCAGGCUCCGAGGUGCUUGCUAAGCUUUCCUCCUAUCUUCCCAAGACCGAUGAGCAUGAAAUGGAUGUGGACACAGCAGCAUCAGCAGUUCAAGGUCCUGCCAAGCAUUCUAUACCAGAGCUUGAAAUUUACUGUUACUUGCUUGUUCUCAUAUUUCUGAUUGACCAAAAGAGAUAUGAUGAGGCUAAAGUAUGUUCUUCUGCUAGCAUUGCUCGCUUGAGGAAUGUGAACCGAAGAGCUGUGGAUGUUAUAGCUGCUCGUCUGUACUUCUAUUAUUCAUUCACCUAUGAACUCACAAAUAAUCUUGCUGAAAUUCGUGGGACCCUUCUUGCAUUGCAUAGGAUGGCAACCUUACGGCGUGAUGAGUUGGGUCAGGAAACCCUCCUCAACCUUCUACUUCGCAAUUAUCUCCACUACAACUUGUACGAUCAGGCAGAGAAGCUGAGGUCAAAAGCACCACGCUUUGAAGCACACUCGAAUCAGCAGUUCUGUCGUUACCUGUUCUACCUUGGAAAAAUAAGAACCAUUCAGUUGGAAUACACGGAUGCCAAAGAGAGCCUCCUGCAAGCUGCUCGGAAAGCACCAGUUGCUGCACGUGGCUUUCGAAUCCAGUGCAACAAGUGGGCUGUCAUUGUUCGAUUGCUUCUUGGUGAGAUUCCUGAAAGAACUGUUUUCAUGCAGAAAGGCAUGAAGAAGGCUUUAACACCAUACUUUGAGCUUACUAAUGCUGUGCGGAUUGGAGAUUUGGAGCUAUUUAGAAUUGUUGCAGAUAAAUUUUCUGGAACUUUCAAUUCAGAUAGGACCCACAAUCUAAUUGUCAGACUACGCCACAAUGUGAUAAAGACUGGACUCCGCAAUAUUAGCAUUUCAUACUCUCGGAUUUCCCUUGCGGAUGUAGCUAGAAAACUGAGAUUGGACUCUGAGAAUCCUGUGGCUGACGCAGAGAGCAUAGUAGCCAAAGCCAUUAGAGAUGGGGCAGUAGAUGCAAUUAUCGAUCAUGCCAAUGGAUGGAUGGUGUCUAAGGAAACUGGGAAUGUCUACUCAACCAAUGAACCUCAAAUCGCAUUCAAUUCCAGGAUUGCCUUUUGCCUCAACAUGCACAAUGAAGCUGUAAGAGCACUGAGGUUCCCACCAAACUCCAACAAGGAGAAAGAAAGCGAAGAAAACAGGCGGGAGAGGCAACAGCAAGAGCAGGAGCUUGCUAAGCAUAUUGCCGAGGAAGAUGAUGGUGACUUUUAGUCAUUUCUCUUGAAAGUAAUUCAAGUGCCUUGGGUGCACCUGUUUUGGAAGUUGAAUUACUUAUAGAGUUUGUUUUAUUAUUUCAAAAUGCUUUUGUCUUGCACUGAUCCUAGUCAAUUCCUUUUGAAAAUGCUGAAUUUAUUACAUCAUUUCCUUUAUUAAAGUUGUGCUUGAUGAUGCCUCUUACUGCAGAGGAGUAAUUAAUUUCUUUUAGUUUGCACUGA